AUGCCCAUCUCCACCCGGCUGCGGCGGAUCCUCGCGCAGAGCGGACGGACGACCCAGUGGCGACUGUGCCUUCACCUUUGGGCGCAAAAGCCAUGCGCCGUGGCAGCCGCCGCAGCCAUCAGUGCUUGCGGUCGUGCGGCCCAUUGGGACCAGAGCCUCGCGUUGUAUGACCAUUGGCUGCGGCAUGAUCAACCCUCAGAUCCAGCGGUGCUAAACUCAACCUUGGCUGCCUGCGCGCAUGCAGCACGGUGGGUGCUUGCGCUCACGUUGCUGGAAGAAGCAAAGCGACAUCAUCGGGCAUUUGAUUUGCUUGGUCUGAACUCAGCUUUGAAUGCCUGUGGCCGCGCUGCACGAUGGGAAGUCUCUUUGGCCCUUCUCAUGCAAUUGCAAAAGCAGCGCUUGGCGGAUGCGACAUCAGUAAAUUCAACCAUCAGUGCUUGCGACAGGGCAGCUGUUUGGCAGCUUGCGCUGAGCCUGCUGUACACCCACCGGGCAGACCUUGUUGGUGCUAGCGCAGCGCUCAGUGCCUGUGCCCGUGGUGCUGCUUGGGCAUCAGCUUUGGCAGUGCUGCAUGCUCACCGAGCUAACGCUGUCAGUUUUGGUGCAGCCAUCACUGCGUGUGGCCGCAGCACACGCUGGCGCUUCGCGCUGCAGCUCUUGGGGGAUGCCUUGAAGACAACUUCCCGGGCAUCGUUGGCUUGUUUUAGUGCAGCAGUAAGCGCCUGCGAGCUGGGAGCUGCUUGGGAGGCCGCCCUGGUAGUGCUGUCCAAGGCUGCCAGGGAUUGGCCUCUGGAUCGAACCAUCCUCAAUGCCACCAUCAGCAGCUGCGAGAAGGGCUGGCAGUGGGAUCGAUGCCUUACGUUGCUUCACGCAACAGAUGCUGUCACGUGCGGGGCUGCAGCAGAGGCUUGCGCAUCAGCAAUGCGCUGGGUUGAGGCCCUCUCCUUGGCUUCUCGCGUGGACAGCGUGGUUGCAACAGCAGCCGCAACAAGGGCCAAAGAGGAUGCCCAGCACGCAGUGCAUAGAAGGUCCGGCGCGAUCGGUCGCCGUGCAGAGAAACCACAUAUUGUCAAGGGGCUCAAGGAGCUGUUGCUUCAGCCAUGCCCAACACAUCAACUGCAGGAGACGGUGGGCUUGGAGGCCCACGUGGCCCGCAUUGCCCUGGAAAACAUGGCCAUCGACGCAUUGGCGGAGCCAAGGCUGCAGAAAAGCCAGGGCGCAAUGAAGCUGUUUGCCGCCUUAGACUUGCCCAGCCCCUGGAAGCGGCAAGGUUGGUGCCUGUAUCGGUGCCUGCCAGCACCAGCAGCGAAAGUUGCAGGGUUUGAUUUCGACAAGACUCUGCACUUUGGAGGCACAGCCUGGAAGCUAAGCUCGGUGCAUAUCCCUGAGAAGCUGAAGCGGCUGCAGCAGGAUGGGUACACGGUGGUUAUCUUUUCCAAUCAGCACGGUCCCGGGCGACAACGCACGUUGGAGGGGAUGCGGAAGGAAGUUGAGGAUAUCGUGCGGCGCUUCGAGGACUUCCGAGCCUUUUGCGGAAUGGAGCUCCACAUGUUCGUGGCAGUGGCUCGGGGUGAUAUUGAUGACCCUUUCCGCAAGCCAAACACAGGCAUGUGGGAUCUCAUGUCAUCCCUAUGCAGCUCGCCGAAGGUAAGGCAUAGCUUCUACGUGGGCAACUCUGCAGGGCGCUUGGGAGAUGACAGCGCAGUGGACCGUGGCUUCGCGAAGCGCUUGGGCAUGACAUUCUACAGCGAGGACUGGCUGAACGGAUGA